AUGCUCCCCCAACUACAACUAGUAAAAUAUUUUCUGGAAAAAUACAUAAUUAAUAAAUAUGUAAAGAGUGUGAAAAGAGUUUGCAUUAACAGCAUUAAACACCUUAUUUUGGAAGAACUCGAACUAAGCUCAUUCACAAUUAACCUGCAUGAUGGUGAGACAAAUGAACCCAAGGUGAAGAAAAGAAAUAGAAAUAAGAACACCUGUGGGAAAAACUUUAGAAAAAGGAAAAAACGUCAAAAUAGAGAAAAAGAAAUGUUUAAUGAAUAUUUAUUGUACUUAAAAUCGUUAAGUAAAAGGAAACAUAAAAUCACAUUCGACAUAUGUUACUUCGAUAAGGUGGAUGUGGAAUGGAAGAGCAGCAGCAGUUCUAGCAUUUACAGUGGUCUUAUUGCACAGAUUGAAAAUAUUUUUAUAAGCCUAAAAUUAGAUGAACGGGAUGAAACAGUUUUUCAAGACAGUGUUAUAGAUGAAUCAGAAAGAAUGGAGAAAAAAAUGGCGAAUCGAAUGGCGAAGCAAAUGGCGAAGCAAAAAAUUGGGAAAAAAAGUUGCAAAAAUGAAUCGAGUCCCCAAAGCAGUAGUGAUAGCAACAGUAAUCGAAGGAAUAACGAUCGAGAGACAGGAGUUCCAUUUCUUCAGGAGGAUGGAAGAAAGAGCACACACGUACUUUUUGUCAUUUUUUUUCUUCUUAUUUUUUACCUGAAUGUUUUAAAAACGAAAUUUUGUAGCAUAGUGUAUUUAUUCUUGAAUUACAUUUUACAGAUUAUCAUAAAACGUGUUUUUAUUAAUUUUUUUAAAAAAAUUAUUUUUAAAAUCGUGAUGGAAUAUGUCAUUUGUAUUGACAUCAAAAGCAUCAACAUUGUGUUAGAAGACAGAUUAUUGAAUGGAGAGAAAAAUAUUUUUCUCUCUUUUCAUAUUAAGAAUAUGCAUCUAAACAAUUUUAGUCAUAUUAAAAAUAAGAAGAAAGAGGAAAAUGAAAUCAUAGGUUUCAAUCUGGAUUAUCCACUUUCAAAUAAAAGCAAAUUAAUUCAUAAUGAAACGAAUAUACAAAAAACAUAUCAAAAUUUUGACAUACUCCAAAUUGUUAUAACACAACUAAGCAUAUAUCAUGACGACAGAAAGCAACACAUUAAUAGAAGCAACAUGUCUAUUGACAAAUAUAAGUAUAAAUUUUUUUUCUUUCACAAUAUGAAUAUUAUUCAUAAGAGGAAAUGCUUACUGCAGGAAACAAACAUUUCUUGUAUUGUAUCGCAAGAAAGAAAGGGGGAAAAAUACUACUUCAAUUUUAACAUCCCGUGCAUUCAUAUCAAUCUUUCCAAUGAUGAAUUGUAUAAAUUGUAUUUGUUCUUUUAUAAAUAUUUGUACAUUGUACGGUUAAAUCAAUUGCUGCACACACAUGUAAAAGUUACCUCUGGCGCAAAGAUAUUCAGUGAAGAGGAAAUCCAUAAGACGACAUAUUUCAAAUCAAAGAAUAUUACACAAGGAAAAAAUGCAAACAAGAAGAAAAAUUUUCUUAAUCAUCGAAGAAGAAAAUGUAAAUAUUUUACAAAAGGGAGUAAAUUCUUUGAAUUCCAUGUACAAGUAGAAAUUUUCCAAAUCGAGUACCUCUACAGUGCAAGUAAAGAUUAUCUCACCUGCUGUUAUAAAAAGAUGAACAUUUUUGUUUUAAUGAAAGAGGAAAAUUGGGUUUUAAUGAAGAAAAAUAAACAGAUGCAAACCUACACAAUGCAGGAUUUGAUUUUUUCUAUCGAUUCAUUUUCUAUAACAGAAUCAUUAUCCAAUUUAUUACUCACUGUAAGCACCGUUAAGGAAGAACUUCUUCGCUUCAACAAUAAAAAAAAUUCCGAAUUGAAGAAGGUGAUUUAUAACAAUCUCUUAAAUAUUACAUCUGUAGAAUACUACAGAAGUGUAACUACUGUCGCUAUGGCUAGUAGAUACGGAUUAAAUACAACUUCAAAAGGAAAAAACAGAUUAUGUUUCUACGUACGGAUACAGAAAAAAGGAAAAAGGAACUCCUAUGUGAUAAAUAAAAACAUGUACACUAUAGGUAUACAGAUUGAAUACAUCAAUUUAAUUAUAGAACACAUCGAUAAGUUCUACAUGUUAAUAUAUAACAUGACCGAACGAGAUAUGUUUGUGCUGCAUCAUAUAAUUAACAUGGGGAAUAAUAGCGAUGGUGCAAGUGAUAAUGAAUGUAUAAGGUGCAUUAUGAAAGGAGAAAAGAACAAUCCAAAUACUGUGAUCAGGAUUAGCACACAGAUUAAAAGAAUUAAAAUAGAGCUGAAGAAGAAGUACUCUCCUACCAUUUUUCUUUGUCUAGACCAUAUGAUUUUACAUUUGACAAAUGAAAAUUUAGUUGAUGUAAUAAAAAAAAAAGCGAUAAACAAAAUUUUUCCGAAUAAAAAUUUUUUUUUGUUGAAAAAAAUAAAGAAGAAUUGGAAAUGUCUUAAUAACCAUGUUAACAUUUCGUGCAAAAUAACAAAUAUAUAUUCCUUUGUGAAGUAUAACAAAUGUACACAUAUAUUGAUAUUUCCAUUUUGUUUAUUUUUCACGCUUGAUAAAAUAAAAUACUAUAGGGUGAAAAUAUCCAUCAUUUCGCUAGUUAUAGAACUAAACAGCUAUAUUCUGAAUAUGCUAAGGAUUUUAUUUUUUAGUGAGAAACAAGACAUUCUUGCUUCUGAAUCUGAGCACUUUAAGGGAACCAACGAUCAAGUAGCGUACUUCUCACCAAGGAAUAGUUCUAAAUAUUUCCCACUAGAUGCAACAAUGCUUUUAUUCAAUCGGAAAAAUGAAAAAAAUGAGAGAAAAGGAAGACCAUUUGUAAUGGCAAGUUAUACACAAGAGGACGAUAUAUCCACGCAGAAUGAACUUAAUUUGUUAUUCGGAUCCCUUGAAGUGUUUUUUGAAAAUAAUGAAACAUGGAAUGAAACAAAAGAACAAGACGAUUAUGUAAGCACCUCCUUCAGUGUUACAUAUUUGUUGAAUUCUUUUACCAAUGCCAAGGUGAAACUUUCCUGUCGUCAUAUGAACUUUUUCUUUUUCUUACAUAAUAGAGAGAUCCUAAAUGUAGGCAGCCAGAAGAAGCAGAUGCAGCAGAAGAAGCAGAAGAAGCAGAUGCAGCAGAAGCAGCAGAAGAAGCAGAUGCAGCAAACGAAACAGACGAAGAGAAAAAUAUUCAACCUUUUGAACUUCCAUGACAUUAGUGAGACGACAACCCACCGAUUGGAUAAAUCAAGAGUAGCAACUAAGCAUGUACAAGUAUUUUACAUAAAAUGUAAAUCAGAAAACGCAACGUUUCACUUUUCUGCCAGCAAGGAGGAGGAGCGGCGGGGGCAGACUAAACUGACGAAGCAGACGAAGCAGACGAAGCAGAUGAAGCAGACGAAGCAGAUGAAGCAGACGAAGCAGACGAAGCAGAUGAAGAAGGGGAGAGAGAAAAAAAUCACGUACCUCCUUAAGACCAAAUUGCAUGUAGGGAAUUUCUUUUCCUUUUGUGAUUUUAACUUCCGUUUGAUAUCUUUACUUUUUGAAACACGAGAAGGGAUUCGGCUGUAUAAACUUGUCGACCAUGAGGGAGAAAAAAAAAUAUUAAAGUUGAAACCGUGUUAUGAGGAGGACGAUUACCCGAAGGUGACAGAAGCAAAUGGGGCUACAAAUGGAGCUGCAAAUGGAAUACCGAAUUGUGGGAGAUUUUGUGCAAAACGUGAACUGAAUGGUAAUCUGAAUUCUCAGGCAAAGCAACGCGCACUCACCCUUAGAUACAGAUGUCAAGUAAUCUAUUUAGAGAAUCCCAAAAAAUAUAAUUCUAAAAGCACACAUUUGAUCGCGUGCUACAUUAGAAAGAUGGAUGUAUACUUUUAUGAUUUUUUCCUUAACGUGGCAUAUUAUACAUACAUGCAUUUCAAGAAAAUGAGGAAUGGAGAAGAUUCCUAUCAAGAGAUAAGCGAUAUAAGAAAUGGAAUAAUAUACAAAAAAAAAUCAUCUUCAAAUGGAAUUAUCAACAGAAAGAUUUAUGCAUCGGAAGAAAAAAUAUUGCAAGUUCGAAAAAAUAACAACACAUUUUUGAGAACCCUUAUGAAGAAUAUAUAUAGAUUCAUCCCUUAUUUCAUAGCAAAAAGAAUUACUUUUUCUUACCUUUUCCUUGACAAAAGGGAUCUGAAUAGUUCGGAAUGCACCACUAUGAUGAAUGAAGAGAAGAAGCAUUUUAAAAUACAGAUUAAUUUUUUGGUUCUCAAAUCGAAAAGCCAACUUAUGAGUAUAGUCACAUCAAAGGAGUUAGAUAUCUUUGGCUGGUUGAAACAAGCAGCUAUCCAUUUCAAGCAGCAUCAAGGGGUGAAAGUGGAAGAGGUGGAAGAAACGGAAGAAGUGAACCGAAUGAACCGAGUGGGCGAAGCUCAUGUUGGAGUAGAUGCACCCAGCGAAAGAACCAAUCCUUCGCAAAUUAAACAAAACGUUAUCGGAAGAAAAACACAUGGAAAGAAAAAAAAAAGAGUUGUAAAAAACAGCCCAAGGUGCGUUAAACUGAGUAAGCAGCUUUUCUAUGUAUGUAAAUUUUUCUUCCACAUUUUUGUAAAAGAUAUAAUUUUUCUGAGAUAUUCAAUUGAGAUAAUCCAAGUGGAGAAGAGAGGGAAGUGUGAAUGGAAUCCAAAUUGUCUUGGCAAUUCAGAUAAGGGGAUAGGAGGGGAUUCUCAAAAUAAGCAAGACGAUACUAAUACUACUCUUGCAUCUAGGGCUGCCAUUCGUCGCUAUAACCACAGGGAGGAACGAAGAAUGAGGAAGCGAAAAGAUGCACAAAACAUAGUCUUAGAAAACAAAGAUGUAGAGAAUACAAAUAGAGAAGGAAAUGUGUCUAUAGUUUUGAAAAAAAAAAAAAAAAAAAUUCUUUUAAAAAUUGAAAAAAUUAGUAUAAUUCUAUCAGAUAUAUGGAACACGUUGAUUUAUUUGAACAGUGAUAGGGUAAGAAUAUAUUCUUCCGUAAGCUGCUUGGAUACAUUAGAAAAUUACAUUAGAGCAAUUAAAGAAAGUUUUGAGGACCCCUUCUUAAGAAUAUAUUUUCCUAUUUACGAAUUUACUCUAGAUGAAAAAAAAGGAGUUAAAGAAAACAGAGUUAAAGAAAACCUAGUUGAAGAAAACCCAGUUGAAGAAAACCCAAUUGAAGAAACCCCAAUUGAAGAUAUUAAAAAAUAUAUUAAAAGGAAAAAAAAGUAUGCACAUCGGAUUUGCAAAAAGGGUGUAGUAACACACUCCAUAAACGGAGACUUCCUUAGGCAAUUAGUCUCUACCAACGAUAAGGGAAAAAACCUUUGGUAUCAAUCUAUAAAUAAAUUGUUUUUCCAGAUUCGAAGGGUGUACAUUACCAUCCAUAAUGUCACAUGCAGUUUAUGCUUUUUUGUAAGUCCACCAUGGUUGAAUGGAGGCAUCAAACAAAAAGAUGAAUGUUUAUAUGGAGUAGUGAACAAAGCAAAAAUAGGAAAGAAUAAAGAAAAGUUCAUCUUUACCAUAAAAAAAGUAACAUCUGUUAUAGUUCUGAAUUGUAAAAAAACCACAGUGUGUAGUAGACAAUUUCUCCAAAUGACAUAUCGUCUGCAUAACAAAAUGUUUGACGCUCGUUUUCACAUAAAAGGGGUUAGAAAUGGAAAAAAAAAUCUCAUUUUUCAAUCGAAUUAUUUGCAUUUGUGUAAUCAGAUCAAGUUUAACGCACCCAUGGGUAAGGAUGAUUUAUGCCGUUUCAGAGAUGAGGAUAGGAGGGGUGCAAAAGGAUGCAUGAUUGGGUGGUGUAGAAGUAGAAUCGGAAAAAUCCAGAGAGGACGAUGCAUGAUUGGGUGGAGUAGAAGUGGAAUCGGAAAAAUCCAGAGAGGACGAUGCAUGAUUGGAUGGUGUAGAAGUGGAAGAAUCGAGAGACGAGGAAGAGUGAUUGGGGGGAAUACUAUUGGUGGCACGGAGAAAGGGCGAGGAUCCCAACUUUUAGAUGUAAAAACGGUUCUAAAAUCAUACAGAAGCAACAAAUGGAAUGAGGAAAAGCAAGAUGAGAAAGAAUCGAAUAACAAUCCUCCUGAACCUAACUCCUCUUUUAAUAUUUUCUUAAGCAAUGAAAAUAUUAUAUCAUUGAUAAAUUUGUACUUUUGUAUGAGAGAGAUUAGUGUCCAAUUUCAAUCCCUUCAGCGGCGAUAUAAAUUUGGUACAAGUUACAAAACUCAUAAAUCUCAUAGAUGUAAUGAUUUAUUGAAAUGCACAUCUGACAAACGUCAAAGGAAUAACAGUGAAAGACUGACUCACACAAUUAGAACAAUCAAUUCUAAACAUAUAUUGGAAAAAAAACGAUUCUCAGAAAUGAUGAAACUGGGGAAAAUGAAAAGUGGCUUAAGCCACCAUCUACAAAUUUCACGUUUCAAUCGUAGAGUGCUAAAGAAGAGGGAAAAUAUAUUAAUACAUAAAAGGAAGAAUAGAAGGAUAGAAAAAGGGAUGAAAUUGAUGAUUAGUAAAUGGAACACUGAAGACAUUAUGAUAGCUUUUCUCAAAUGGUUCAAGUUCAAACUGAAGAACGUUUUUAUAUUAUUCUACACAUGCAAUAUGAAAUUUUUCAUAGGUGCAUACAUAAACAGUUUAGAGGGUAAACUAACUGAGAAGGAACAUGUAAAAAGUAAACAAAAAAUAGAUUACAACGUGAAGUAUGUACACGGGCUGAAAGAAAUGCUAAUUUUUAGUAGCAAUAACAACUAUUUUGAUUUGAGCAAAAGAAUGUAUAUUUUCGAAAUAUUUAAUACUCUAUCAAAAAAAAAUUACCUUGUUUGUAUGAACACGUUCAUAUUUUUUUUAAAGAAUGCAAAAAAGAAGACAAAAAUAAUAUAUAGUUCCAUCCCUAUGGGUACAGGGAACACCAACGGGCGACAGCAAAUGAUCCAGAAAGAAGGUGAUUGCACUGUGAAGAAUUUUUUUAUUCGACAUGCAAGAGUCGAUAGACAAGAUAACAACAAACAAAUAAUAAUGGUGAGAAAGUUAAAAAGUAAAAGUACCACAAGGGAUGAUCAAGAGAGUUCCCACAAGUUGUCAUGCGUAAAGAGGAAGAUGCGUUCAGAGGCUAGCCAUCCUUAUCGAACGAGCAGAGUGAGCAGAGUGAGCAGAGUGAGAAGGAGAAGAAAUAAAACUGCUUUCGAUGCGAGAAACGUUUUAAAGAAAUUGACUAGAAGCAGCAAAGAGAUGCUUAGUGCAUACUAUGCGAAUGUAACUUGUAAAGAAAGAAAUUUUACAAAAAUACAAAAAAGUGCCUUUUUUUUUAUUUCAAAAUGGGGAGAUAUUGAUGAAGAGAUGAUGAAUCAUUCCAAAUGGGGUGAUGACAUAGAGUUAAUCUAUAAGAAAAUCAAAAGGGUGUGUGCAGAAAAGCAAAUUAAUAAAAAUGAGAAAAUCAGGAGGGGAAUAAGAAAAAAAAAAAAAAAAAAAAUGAAUGUGUUCAUAAAAUAUGUCAUGAAAAAGGAUGCUUCAUUAAGUAUAUCCACAAAGUACACAUACAGGAAUAUUUGUUUUUACAUUCCAUUACAUUCACUUAUCCAGUUAUAUAAAAUUUUAAGCACAUCCAAAAUGUGGAAACUCCUUCACUCACAUCCACUAGAUGAAAUUCAUAGGGAUAAGCACAAAUUCGUCUGGAAUGAUGAGGUGAAAAAAAAAAAGCAGUUUUUCCUCUUUUAUCAUUUUAAAAUAUAUUUUGUUAAUUCAAAUAUCCAUGUGUUGUCUCCAUCCACAUAUCAUGUGACCAACUUAAAGAAUAAGUGUGAUACUGUGAUAAAUGAAAUGAGUCUCGUAAAGAAAAAAUCAACAAGCACCUAUAUCAGUCUAGGUGCAGAAUGUGGAACCCACAAGGGAGAAGCAAGCUGGGACACACACGCGAAGGUAAGCAGCAAAGGUAGAAGCAGAAGAAGUAGAAGCAAAGGUAGAAGCAGAAGCAGAAGAAGUAGAAGCAGAAGAGGAAGCAGAAGAAACAGAAGCAGCAGCAACAGUGAGAGGGCGAUGAAGGCGAAGGGACGAAGCGACACGCAUAAACGAAAUCGAGAGUCGCUAUUCAUAAUGUCAGCGAAGAAAACUAAAGAAGGAAAAAAAUUAACGCACAUAAAUCAGAAUGAGAUGAAGUAUUACCCAGCAUACUUAGGGGACGAAAGAGGAAUUGAAAAAAGAAAUGUGUACAUGUGGAAAAAAAAAAAUGAUAAUAAAAAAAAAAAUAAAAUAAAUAAAAAUGCAAAGAAGAGAAUAUAUCUCUACGAUUUGGUGGUUAAUGCUAGUGUGAAAUUGGACAUAGAGAAGAAAAAAAAAAACAGGAAAAAAAUCAUUCGAAAGGAUAGUCAUAGUAGUAGUUCCUAUAUGCAACGUGAAAAAGACACUAAUUGGAAAAAUUUUUCUUAUAUGGAAGGUCAAGCAAAAUACAAAAUAAUCUCCCCAAAUAGACUCGUUUUUGGAAAAAAAAACAAUUUUAACAUAUCGAUGGAGAGUCUGAAAAUUAGAUGGGGUCUUCUUUAUGCUGUAACAACUGCACACACAGCAAUAAAUAUUAUUAGGGUAGAAAAAAAGAUGGAGAAAUUUUCAAAUCGAAUAAAAAAUUGUAAAGUGUAUUUAAGUAUGACUUAUGUUCGUAAAUUUUGUCUGCAGCAUAAUGAGAUGCACUUAACAGAAUGUAGUGAAAAAAAAAAAUUUGACAUAGAACAUGAAACAAAGAGAAGUAUAAUUCUUCAGCUGCAUGAUGGAAGAGAAAGACAACUUAAUGUGAUUACUCUGCGUGAGUUCUGUAUAUAUGACGUUAUUGAAAUGCUGAAUAUUUUAUGUUUCUACACAAGGAUUAACUAUCUUUUGAAUCCAGGUGAACAUUUGUUCAUUAAAUCUGAUAGGAAAGAGAAAAAAGAAAUAUCAUCACCCAAUUUUUAUAUGAACAAUUUAGUAUCUAUUGAUAAGGAUUAUUUAUCUGAAGCAUUAGAGAAUAGAAAACACCAAGAAGGACUUGCAACAACCAAGGGGAUGAACAGAAGAAAUCUCCUUUCUUCAAUUUCCAAAAAGAAUGAGGAUGUAGUCCCGAUGCAUCUUAGAACUGAAACAUUCAAUCGUAAGUCUUCUUCGAAAAAUGUCGCUAAGUCCACGUUAAGAAGUAGCAUGAAUGAUCCACUGAACCCGUUCGAAAGAGAAGUGGAGGACGAAGAAAGCAGAACCCGUUUGAGGAAUAUCGAUUUUAUAGGAGCCAAAAAAAAGAGGGAAAAGAAACGAAUCAAUAGAUACACACAAGUAGAUAUGGUAAAAAAUUCCGUGAGUUUAUUUGUGAGUAACAUAUCCGUAGGGAUUAAUAAUAACGAUUUACUUAUUUUGAAGAUUAUCAUUAAUGAUUUGGAAUUCCACAUGAGGAAAUUACGGGAGAGAAAAGUUUACAAAUGCAGUUACAUCUAUAAAGAUGUAGUGAUAUCAUCGAAAUUCAGAAAAAUUAUCCGUGGGGUAGAAGAUUAUCCAAAUCAUAAAUCAUGUGAUAAUAACACACGUAAGAAGUCUUUUAUAAAAUCAGCUAACGAACCUGGUAUUAAACACAUGGGCAACAAACAUUUUGCAAAGACGAAAGAUAAGGUCUUGUUGACAAAAAGGACGAAUAAAAUACUUGUGAAUGUGGAUAUGCUUAAGAUAUUUUUCAUUACAUUGGGAUAUGUUCACGAAAUAUGUUCAAUGAGCAGUUUCAACAACCAAAUGUUAAUGAGAAAUAUGUAUAUAAGAGAAAAAGUUAAAAAAAUGCAAGUUAUAAUAAAUCUGAGACAGGUGAAUAUACUUCCCAUAGAUAUAAACGAUUUUAAGAAUUUUUUAUUUAAUAAGUCUAGGAGAAUACCAUUUGUAGAAUCUUUUGACAUAUGUUUUCAUUACAACGUGGAUGAAAAUAAAAAAAAAAAGUUUUGGAUAUAUAUAAAAGAUGACAUACAUGUGAAUAUACAGAAAAGAAUAAUAAAUUUUUUGUUCCUUUUCAAGUAUCAUUUUGGACAUAAUUAUUUUGUGUACAAUGAAUACAAUAUAUAUAAUCAGGUAAAUAAGGAAAAGAUAAGAACAUUGAGAGAUUUGAGAAAUAUAUUUUCAUACCAAAACUGUUUAUAUAAAGAGUAUGUACUAAUUAAAAAUUACACAUGUUACAAUUUAGUUUAUGAAUAUGAGGAAAAUAUUGGUUAUGUAAAAAAGAAUCACGAGAAUAUUAUUGUAUCACCCAAUUUGUUUUUUCUUCAUAUAUAUAGUGCUGAAAAUAACAAUUUGAAGAGAAAAAUUUUUCUCAAGGGAAGGAACUACCUCACCAGUGGUAACCACCACCACUUUAGUCAACAUUCUAAUCAGCACCAAUAUAUCUAUGACCAUCCUUAUCUCAGCCCCAAACAGUAUGCUAAUGCAUAUUCGUGUUCUAACAUGCAUCCGUGUGCUACUGCAUAUCCAUGUGUAUAUGCCCACCCUGGUGCAUACCAGAAAAAAAAACUUACUGAGAAAAAUUAUUUCCACAUCGACAUAGGGAUUCAUAAAAAUAAAAAGUGUGUUUAUGUGUACCCGUAUUUUUUUAUUCAUAUUCUAUUUGACAAGUAUAUUAAGAGGAACGCAAAAAGUACUCUACAUAUGGACGACACUUCGAUGAAUGCUGAAUGUUCAAGGGAAAGAAGCAGAGAAAGAAGCGGAGAAAGAAGCAGAGAAAGAAGCGGAGAAAGAAGCAGAGAAAGAAGCGAAGAAAGAAGCAGAGGAAGAAGCAGAGAAAGAAGGGAAGAGAAAAGAAAUAAAUUUCUUUAUAUGAAACUUAAAUUUGGCAAAGCUAAUAUGAUCAACACAUGGGUGAUAAAGGAAAAUGAAAUGAUUUGCAGUGUUCCAUUUCAUUUCAUAAAAAGAUGUGAAUACAUUCAACUAAUCGUCCGGAUGCAUCCGGAUAAGCUUUAUGUAAGCAACAAAAUGAGGUAUUCUCAAUUUUUGAAACUAAGAACAUUUGUCUUUAAAGAUAUAUAUGACAAUCUAAAUGUAUUUUUUUGCAAUUUUUUCUUCUUGGUGAAGAAGAAGAAGCACUUGAAUUAUGAGGACAUUCAAGAGAUGAGUUCGAGACAAAUCGCCCCAGUUGGGGACACGUAUGCAUGGAAAGGUAGAGAAUCGUCACCAAGAUGUGAAGCAAGAGUGAAAAUAAAAGAUGAAAAAGAAUUAGAUGGAAGCACAACAGAGAAAAGAAUCAACCGAAUAGAUGAUGCCAUGAAGGGUGCCACGAUGGGUGUCGCUAUGGAUGCCUUUAUAAACGAUGAGAGAAAAAUUCAGAUGCUGAGCCAUGAGAAAAAGAACAGUGGUAAUAGAACAGAUGCAGAAAGAGGAGGGAAAUACUCCAAAAUCUUCAGCGUUACUCAGAUUUUAAAAAAUAAUAUACAUGUUAUUUCUAUCCAGAAAUGCAUGAAAAUAAUUAACCUCACCCCAUUCAAUAUUAAUGUAUUGCUGAAAAAAGAAAAGGGAAGUAUUAAAACAUACAGCAUAAAAAGUUUUGACUAUGUUAAUGUGUAUCACUUUUGCUUCCUUGAUAAUCUCAUCUUGAAUUUUAGUUUAUCUAUCUAUCGACAAUGGAUGAAAUUUCUCAAAGUGAACAAUGAGGAAUACUUUUCACGAGCCAAAACUGAGCACAAUUUCUACAUGAACCUUGAAGGUGAAGGGGGAGAAGCAGAGUGGGAACCCACAAAUGGAGGCACAAAUAAAAUGGGUAAGGAGAGUGGAAGAACAGAAAGAGCAGAAAAUGGAAGGCAGAAUCUAAACGAGAUGAAAAACCAUGGAAGAUCGAACUGUAACAUAAAAAUAAUAUUCUAUGAAAUCGUGAAAUUCCAUAAGCUUUACUUUAUUGUUUAUAUUUACAUGUAUGAAAAUAAUUAUCAUAUAACCAUUGUUAGCAAAUACAAUAUUUACAACUACACGAGGAAUGUAUUGCAGUACGUGGUGGUUAAUGAAGAGGAAGAUUGCGUAGAUGAUUUAAAAUUUGAGUGUGAAAUUAAGAAGCAUAAUUUAAAAGAAAGUUUCAUAAAAUUGAAAGAGGAUUUUCUUCUUUUGUAUCCAUUGCUUGGAAAUAGAAUAAUUACACUAAAUAAUGAUAUGAUAAAGAUAAAAAAAUAUAAUAAAAAUGAAAAGGAAGGAAAGAGAGGGAAGAAAGGGAAGAAACAAACGGAGCAAGCGGAACAAACGGAACAUACGGAGGAAAAAGAAAAUGCCCAUUGCAUUAAAAAUUAUUGCUUCAACCAUCGCUUCGUUCUUAACUGUCAUAACAAAACUAUGAAUAAUGACUCCUUAUGUUAUGAGAUAGACAAAUCAUACACCAAAGUGAUAUUAAUAAAUGAAGAAUACAUAACCAUUCACGUUGAUCAUCUGUAUUUCCACUCCUUCAGUGUUUCAUUCAUUCAAUUUUUUCCUUACCUUGUUCUAGUCAACUUGACCAAGUAUAACUUCAAGGUAAAGCUAAAGAAUUAUGAAUCCAUGGAAAAAAACUACCUGACAAUGAAGAAGAGGGAACAGGAAUGUAGGGAGGCAAGAGAAAAGAAGGAAGCGCGACAAGUUCAAGAGGAAAAAGGAAUAUCGUUUGACACUCAUAAUGGUAUUCAGUCCUCGUCACUUAUGAAUACCUACGAUUCGAUCGAAAAUGAUAAUUUGAAUUUUAGUGAACACUCUUGUUUUUCACCAACUAGCGAAGAAAACUGCUUGUCAGAUCAGAAAAGCUCUUCAGAUGGGUGCAGAAACGAAAGACGAAGAGGAAGAGGAAGAAGAAAAAAUCCUUACGUAAAGAAAAUCGUCUCACUGUUUGAAGAAGAGCAGAAAGCAAACCUCCACCAAGCGGACAACAUGAACAUUUUGAAAUCCAUGAAUGUGCAAGAAUUGAAAAUAAAGAACAAAAGUGCGUGGGAUUUUAUCAGUUUCAAAAUAUGGGAAGAAGGGGAAGAGGAGGAAGAGGAGGAAGACGAGAAAAAAGAUGCUGUUGAUGAAGCUGGCUUAGAGUGGAAAUUGUCCGGGGAGGAGGAGGACGACCUGCCUAAGACACUGGUACAGCUCGAAUCAAACGAGAACUCCGACACAAGGAAAGUGAGUCAAGAAUGCCAAGUUGUGAACUACACAUCUGCGUUAAAAAUUUUAGCGGAGAGAGUGAAUCCAAUAUACAGGAAAAAAAGGGAUCAUAGAAUUUUGAAAAGAAAAAAUGUAAGAGGAAAGUACAUUAAGAUACAGAAAAAUUGUAAUACCUAUUUUUAUACGCACAAAUAUGUUGAAGUGAUAACGAAGAAUAAUCACCAUAUGACACUAGUGAAGGAAAAGCUUUUUUAUAUCUUCACAAUAGAAAAGGAAAAAACAUAUUACCUUUUUAUUAAAAGAAUUCCACUCUUUUCUGUGUAUGGAAAAUAUUCGAAAGUUGGAAAUUCCAUGGUUUGUAGAAAUCAGCUUAAGGGAAUCAAAGAUCAACAGGAAAAAAUACCCAACCUGCGAAAACAAUUGUCUUCACAAUUGGCUUCAGGAAAAAGAACCAACAAACGGAAUAUCUGUGGAAAGCAAUGUGGGCAAAUUACUACGAAUGUUGAUACACAUAUGAGAUCUAAUUAUGUUUGUGGAGAAAAAUUACUCAAUGAAGUGCCACAUAAAGAAGUAGAGACAGACGAAUACGAGAGUUCGAUGCAUAUGCACAGCCAUUUAAAAAAUAGAAACGUUGACAUGAUUCCAUUUAUGAAGAAGAGAAGAAUGAAUCUCAUUUUUGACAACUACAAGGAAAAGAUAAUAGAUCAGACAAACAAAAAUGGAAGCAUACAUAUAUAUAACAAUUUGGAGAUUCCUUUUUUCAUUAACCCAUCCCAAAGUAAGUAUCUUCUUUUUGUAAAAACGAAAUAUGUCCAUUUCAAGGAUGAGAAAUGUAUUUUUUUUCAUUUUCCAAAAUUUAUAUUAAUGGAUGAUAGAAAAUUAGAAUUGCUGCUCAAAGGUGUGGGGGGAGAUAAUAAAAAAAGUCUGUACAAAUAUGACCCAAUUAGAAAUUACGUUCACUUAUUGAAACAGAAGGAAAUGAAUCCAAACUAUCACAUAAUGAAAUUCAGCCUAGUUUGCAACUUGAUCUCUUCCUUUUCCUUUUCAUUUUUUCUGUUUAAAAAGAGGAGAGUUCCUAGGGGCGAAUGUUUUUUAAUGAACAAUCCAAUUGGUGGAAAGGAUUUCUGCCAGAGAGAAGGAGAAAUGAUAUACUACGAGCUGCACUUGGUGAAGUAUUACUGUGACAUAGUGCUUAAUAAAAACAAUCAAGUAAACAUAAUUGUGAAUGGGUCUAAAGAGUCCAAGUUUGUGAAGAAUAUCAUAUCGCUUGAGUACUUUUUCAGUUUUCUGAAAUGGGAUAGAUGUAUAGUAGAAGAAGAAGUAGAAGAAGAAGGAGAAGAAGAAGGAGAAGAAGAAGGAGAAGGAGAAGAAGAAGGAGAAGAAGAACCAUGCGCACACCAAAGUAUGAUAACCAAGCCAAAUGGCACAUACCACAUUGAACGCAACAGAAAUAACACUAAGGGAAUAAUUUACAUUAACAACCUGUACGACCUCAGUGAGAACGAUCUUAUUAAUAUGAAAAUUUUUAUUAAAAGUAUAAAUAUAUUGCUCAAUUUUGAAGACAUAUCACGAGAUGACAAUGGCGUUCAGAAUAUGCAACAGAAAAUUUAUCUUAGUAAAAUUUUUCUUAAUUUCUACACUUUUCAAUGUUUCAACAGUAAAUUAUUAAUGAGGAAAAAGAGGUGCAUACAAUUUUAUGAUCACAAGAUGGGGAUAAAAAAAAAAAAAAUACAACGGAAGAAAGAAUGCAAGAUGCAGAAAGUCCAAAAAAAAAAAAUUAAUUUUUUUUCGAAAAAAUCCAUUUGUACACCUGAAAGCGGGAAAAAAAGGAGUAUACAUAAAGACCAUUCAUCCAACAUCAGCACAGGAAAUAUCAGAAAUGAUUCAGAUGAUCAUGGCAAACUGAUGGUAGAUCAUGAAAGAAGGAGUAGUACCUCUAUUGCCACCACUCCGCCUCGCUGGGAUGCUGGAUGUUCUAACUCGGAUAGUAUCUUUACAAAAUGUAAACAAAGAUGGGAAAAUAGGAAGAAAAAGAAAAGGAAAAAUGAUCCAGAGGCAGAAAUAUUAGCACAAUCUAAAAUGAAAUCAUCAUCAUUGAUGAAAAAAAUGUCGGACAAAUGGAACGAAGGCCAAUUAAGAAAAAGUAAAAGUAUUGUAAAAUUUGACAGAGGAAGUAGUGUAGACACAGUAAGCACAAGAAACAGUGUUGUUCUCAUUCAUCUGAGAGGAAGAGAUUGUGUCAUGUCCAAAAGGAGAACAAGUUCGAACAUAUAUAACAUAUACAUGUUGCUAAAAAAUAAGAUAUAUUCACAAUAUAAUUGUUAUAUAUUCAGAAAUUACAUGAAGAACAUACAUCUGUAUAGACAUCUUUUUGAAAUAUUAAAAGGUAGAAUACAUGUAGUUAGUCUUAAUUUCUCUGAGUUUUAUGAAAAAAUACACAUAUUAAUAGAUAAUGUAAGUAUAACGAAAGUGGAAGAUAUGUAUGAAAAGAAGAAUUUUGAAAAUAACAAUGAUACCAUUUUGACCAAACAUAAUAACCAAGGAAAUUUUAUUAACGUGGAUAUAGACAUGCUUAAGCAGAGAGUCAUGAAAUACAAGCACAUCUAUAACACUUUGAAUAUUGUGCACGCAUGCUCUCAGUUAGAGAUGUCCCAUGGUGGAGAAACACUUCGGAGGUGCAGGAGUAACAUAGGCAGAGGCAGUAGCAACCGAAAUAGAAACAGAAGGGAUAUCUCCUCUGAAGCUAUCGAUUUGGCUAGUUUUUCCAUGGAAUCAAACUCGAAGAAUCUGAAGAAUGCGAGGAAUGCCCCGAGUAGAAAACUAACCAAAGGGAAGCCACGUGCUGGUGAGUCAGACAAAGGGAAGAAAAAGAGAAAAGUUACAUUUUCCAAAAUAAAUAAUACGACAACACGUAUCAUCAAUUCGAAUAACUUCACAAGGAAUAAAGCACACGCGAUAUUGUACAAUGCUUACUAUUUUUAUAAGAAAGGAAUAAACAAUUUUGAUGUUCAUACUAUGUAUGGAUAUCAUAAUAAUUGUUACACGUCUCGUGGUUUGUCCGAUCAACAUUAUCAAAUAAACAACAUUGUGCAAUUCAUCGAACAUAUUAAGAAGCAGAAAUUUCAAAGGAUACAAAAGGAAAUAAUAAAAAAUCUGUUCAUUGAAAUAGCUAGUCUUAGCCUCACAUUGGACUAUAACUACUUUAUUAAUAUUAUUCCAUUGUGCUAUUCAUAUGUAUGUAAAAAGUGGUUAUACUAUAACUUUAUAGAUAAGAUAAAGGAUUCACAUGGGGAAGAAGAGAAUAAUGCUUGGGUUGGCAAUAUGAGUGGUGAGAACCUUCUGGAGAGACUUGUGUGUAGAAAUGUCGAAAUGAGUGAUGAAGAGGAAAGAGAAAGUUUAAUAAAAUUCGAAAGAUAUUUCUGUUCGCAAAAUUUAUAUAUAAACGCAAAGAAAAGAGAGAAGAAGUUUCUUCUGUAUAUUUACAACUUAGAUAUUAAGAAAACGAAAAUUUAUAUUAAUGUAAAUUAUAUAUUAAAAUUAUUAUUAACGAAAAACUUCCUGAUGAACAUAUCAGCAAUAAAAAUAAAAAAUAAAAAAAAAAAAGAUAUGCAAUAUAUAUUAAAAAAAAUUAAAAAAAUAUAUUUUUAUAAUUAUAUCAGUAUAUUUUUUUACCUUCUUAAAAAUAUUAACAUAUCAGAGCAUUCAUCAUACACUACUCUAAAUUUAUUGACCUUUCUAGAGAAUUGUUUAAAAAAUAAUUUACAGUUAUUAUCUCCCUUCAACAAUAUAUACAGCCUUGUAGUAACUUUGAGACACAAGUGUGAAUAUGAACUCGACAACAGAAAUAAAACAGCUGCAAAAAUUAAUCAAGAAAAUAAUUAUUCUAGAAAUAAAAAUAUAAAUGCUUUUCUUAACGUGGAAAAUAACCACUCCUUCUUAAUUUCAUCUAGACAUCAUGCAUUUCAUUCUGACCAAGGAGAAACGCGAACAAGUGCUUAUUUAAAAAAUUUCUUUUCUUUUAGUUAUCCCACUUUGUUUUUAAAACACGUCCUUGCAAGUUCUUUUAUCGAGGCUGAGAAUCAGGUAGACUCUGGAGCAUCUGAAUUCUCUAGAGUCGUUCAACCAGCACCCAUUCCCAUGAAAGGACAAAUUAUGUAUCAUGAUGUAAUAAGAAAGGCGACCGAGAAAGAACCACAUCACAACAUGGAAUGGAUGAGAAGAGAGGAGGAUAUUACAAAUAAUAAUAAUCUAAUGAAAAUUGAGCAAAACCAGCUUUAUCAUAGAGUUGCUAAGCAGGUGGAUUCAGACACAAGCAUUUCAAAAUCUGACAUCAUGAACAUACUGAAUUCCUCUGCUCCAUAUGCAACUGAGUACCAAUCGCUCUUAAGGAAAAAAAAAUACGUACACCAAAUGCCGGAGCACGAAAAGAAGAAGAAGAAGAGGGAAAAAAAAAAAAAAAAAAAAAAAAAAAAAAAAAAAAAAAAAAAAAAAAAAAAAAAAAAUGCAAAUAAAAAAAAAAAAAAAAAAAAAAAAAAAAAAAAAAAAAAAAAAAAAAAAAGAGAAAAAAAAAAAAAAAAAAAAAAAAAAAAAAAAGACGUUCAGAAUAUAACACAUAUAUCCUUUACGCACAAUCUGAGCAUAUCAAAGUAA